ACAUGGCGACUGCAGCAGGAACGACUUUACCUUUGUUGCGUAUUUUAACAAGAAAGUCGCAGUCUUUUUGGGGACUAAAUAGCUUCAGGAGGCAUCUACAUUGUUCAGUAACACUUCUUAGUGAAAAAUCAAAGCUAACAAUACGUGAGUGCUACAAGUUGCUUGGAUUAAGUGAAGAAGACACAACGGAAACUGAAGUUCGAGCUGCGUACUUCAAACUUGCUAAACAGUACCAUCCUGAUAGCGGUCAGUCCAAGGCUGAUCCAGAGAAGUUUGCGAGGAUUGAACAAGCUUAUAAGGUUGUUUUAAAGCACCUUAGUCAGAAACAUGUGGAAGAAGAAGAAGGCGACGACGAGGAAGACAAGUUUGAUAUUAGACACACUGCUCCUCAACACAGGCAGUAUUUAGAAUAUGGUGGAUUUGGUUCUGGAACUCCAUCUACAAGGGAGAAACAAUAUCGUAAUCACAGAUUCGAGCAAGCUAUUGAAGGAGUAUUUUCACACAAGACUAAACAGCAUGGAGCAGAAGAGACAUCCAUUGCCAAAGCUGAGAAAAAAGCUAUUAGAAAAAAUAAAAUUUCAGGUGCUAUUGAACGCAUGGUGGAAGAUCUUAUCCAGGAAGCCAUGUCUAAAGGGGAAUUCCAAAAUUUACCAGGAAGUGGAAAACCAUUUACAAAAGACCCACUAAGAGAUCCGUAUAUGGAUUCUGGUACUCAUAGACUAAAUCAAAUCCUAUUAGAUUCUGGUUAUGUACCAGAUUGGAUUGCCUUAGAAAAGGAAAUACGAGAAGACUAUGCAACUCUCAAAAAUAAAAUAAGGAUAAAGAGAGAACAACUUGGACCAAUGCCAUUCACGAAGGAAGACCACCAAAAAUGGAGCAAUUUUGAGAAAGGACUUACACAGAAAGUUCAGUUAAUUGAUCGUAAAAUUGACAAACUUAAUUUAAUUGUUCCAGUCUUGAAUCGACAAAGAAUGCAUAUUAAUCUGCAAAAGAUUAUUAAUAAGGCUUUAAUGGAUUAUGGUUAUGGAAGUCCUGAAUUAUUCUCACCAAAAGACAAUUCAGUAGCAAAGGAAAACAUUCAGCGAUUUUACUUGGACAUUAACAUUAGAAAUUCUUUAACUGUCGUAUUUAGGGAUUAUAUUGGCCCUGUUAUGUUGUGGACAAUAUUUUAUCUAGAUAGUCUACUUCGAAAUUUAAAGGCAAAAUAUGUUAAUAAAAAUCAAUGA